AUGUCCUUCGUGUGUCAACAAUGUAAACAGCCUCUUCAACUCGAUGCGUCUCUCGUGGAUCUCGCCCCGAGCGCGUAUGACAUGCUCCUACAUUCACUUCCGCCGCCAGCGCCUCUACCACCGCGGGGUUCUCUCGAUGCACUCUCUGCUCCUCCUGAGAUACGUGCAGCGUAUGCACGAGCGUCACAUGAGCAACCUGCACGCCGUACUAUCUCGCCACGGGCGCUAGGAUUACCACAAGAGAGCUUCGUACUGUUGCAGGACAGUGUGUUACGGGGAAUGCCGCCGGCAACUCCGUCGUCGGCGUUUAAUUCACCAUCUACAUCUACGCCCCCGACGUCACCAUCAAGGCGAAACCAGCGCGCAGGAAGCCAAGCUCAAGCACCGCCACCCGAACCACCUCAUGAGCCUCAGAGCUUGUCGCACCACCUACGCAGCACACAACGGUUAUUGGGGGUUCUAAGCGCUCGGACAGACGCUGAACAUCCAUUAUGCGGAGAAUGUACAUCAACCUUGCUAUCACACCUCUCGCGUCAACUGGACGAGACGAAGAAGGAACGUGAUGGAUACGCGGCCUUCGAGCGCGAAGUUCGGAGAGAGAGGGAGCGGGAAAAGGACGGUGGGAUGAGCAAGGAAGAGGCAGAGAGAAGGAUAAGGGAGCUGGAAGAGGAAGAGAGACAGGCGGUAGAAGCUGUACGGCGUGCCGAGCUCGAGCGUAUACGUCUCGCAGAAGAAUUGCGCGCACUCGAGGCGGACGAAGCGGCGCUCGAGCUCGAAGAAGAGGAGUUCUGGCGAGCCUACAACGCUCAGACACGCGCGGCAUCUGCACAGCAGGCGCAACUCGCGGCUUUGAGAGCUGCGUAUGCUGCGGACGCGCAGACGCUGGAGAGGUUGGAACGGACAAAUGUGUACAAUGAUGCGUUCUGUAUCGGGCACGAUGGGCCGUUUGGGACGAUCAAUGGGUUGAGGUUGGGACGGGUUCCGGGCGUACCGGUGGAGUGGGCGGAGGUGAAUGCUGCGUGGGGACAGACGUUGCUGUUGCUGUAUACUGUGGCGAGGAAGUUGGACUUCACGUUCGAACAGUACCGACUCGUGCCUAUGGGAAGCCAUAGCAGGAUCGAGCGCACCACGGGCGACAAGGCGACGUAUGAGUUGUACGGAUCAGGCGACCUUCAUCUGGGUCGCUUGUUGCACAAUCGACGCUUCGACUUCGCAAUGGUCGCCUUCCUCGAAUGUCUCAGGCAGAUUACCGACUGGGCCAAAGGCCAAGACUCGACAAUCGAGUUCCCGCAUGCCAUCGCGAAGGAUCGGAUAGGCGACUUCAGUAUCAAGCUUCAGUUCAGUCAGGAAGAAGCAUGGACUCGCGCUCUACGACAUGUUCUGUUGGCGUUGAAGAUCCUACUGAAGUGGACCACGAACGGUAGCAACGGCUAG